UUUUUGCUGCUAAUAAACGUGCGGCGUUUAGUGUGUUUUCGGUUUGGUGUUUCCUUAUCAAAAUUACAACAAUUUUCAAAUUUUCUAAAUAAGUAAAAUGUUCUUAUCAUUAAAUCGAAUACCAAAAGCGACAAGUACAUUGCUAUGGCAAAAUAUAAUGGUAAACGCAAAACCAUUUGCACCCGUUUUUACGAAGUUCUAUACCACAACGUCAGAGGAAGCAAUGGCUGUCAACGAUAAAACCAAAGUUACCAGUGAACGAAUUAAAAUCGGUGAUGUAAUCAAAGACUUGAAGCCUCCAAAAAAUCCAGAGCUGGUGCCACAAAAAUAUGUGCAAUACAACGAGGAUGGCACACUACAGCUAACUCAAUCAGCCUUGCAUCAUUUGCGUUGGAUGCUGCAGAAGGAUAUCUUAAAACAGGAUAUGUUUCUUAUUGGUCAGCCUGGUUCACUGCGACGACAAUUAGCUAUGCAGUAUUUGGAGUUGACACAGCGUGAAUUGGAAUACAUUGCCUUGAGCAGAGACACCACAGAAAGUGAUCUGAAACAACGACGGGAAAUUAAAGAUAAAGCAGCGAUUUACUAUGAUCAGUGUGCUGUGCGUGCUGCCGUGAAUGGUCGUGUCUUGGUGCUUGAUGGUGUGGAGCAUGCCGAGCGCAAUGUGUUGCCCAUAUUAAAUAAUUUGCUGGAAAAUCGUGAAAUGCAUUUAGAAAACGGCAAAUUUUUAAUGGCACCAGAACGCUACGAUAAAUUAUUGGAGACAUACGCAAAGGAGCAAUUGGACAAAUUAGGUGUGCUACGAGUCUCUGAAGAUUUUCGUGUGGUCGCGCUUGGGCUGCCUACGCACAAGUAUAAAGGCACACCAUUGGAUCCACCCUUGCGUUCACGUUUUCAAUCGCGCAAUGUGUCGCAUCUUGCAUUUGAUGAGAUGCUAAUCGAUCUGCAGCAUGUUGCUCCAAAUGUACCUGUGGACCAGUUGAAGAGUUUAAUAAGCUUUGGUAUGGCAAUUCAAGCUGCUGAACAGGCCGAUAAUCUGCCAGAUUUUGCACUUGACAAUCUUCAUCUGGUGGCUAAAAUGAUGCAAUGCAACCCACACAUAAGUGUGCAUGACGCCAUUACACGCAUCUAUCCAUACCAAACAUGCAUGAAGAAAGAUCACAUUGAACGCGUCAAGACGUUAUUAAAAUCCUUAAAAAUCAAUCCAUUAGAAAGCAAACCUGUGAAAAGUAUCUCUGUAGCAAAACCGAACGAGCAGACGCCAGAUGUUUUGGAAUUCAAAAUCGACGAUGUGUCCAUUUCAACACCCGGCAGUCAUCGCGUAGCUGCAUCGCAAAAGCUGAAGCAAUUCGUGGAUCUCGACCACCAACGCAAUGCCUUAGCAGCAAUGAUACAAUCUAUAGCCGUGGGCGAUAUUUGUUUGAUUGGUCAAAAGGGUGUUGGAAAGAUGACACUCACAAAUCAUUUGGUACACUUGCUGAAUCAGUCGGUGGAGACAAUGAUACUCUAUGAGGAUAUGACAUCACGUGAUUUAAUACAACAACGCAUUACCUCGCCGGAGGGUGAUACAGUGUGGCGUGACUCGCCACUAGUACGUGCUGCAAAAUAUGGGUCCAUCGCCGUGCUGAAUGGCGUACAUCGUUUGCAUAAGAGUACCGUUACUGCACUGCAACGUUUAAUACAAGAUCGCGAAUUGCAACUCUGUGACGGCACUAUACUGCUACACCCGGAUCGUUACAACGCACUCCUACAGCAAGGACACACUAAACUGGAAUUGGCCGAAAAGAAUAUAAUGAAAAUACACGAUUCAUUUCGCAUAAUUGCGCUGGGUGAGCCGCCCAUUCCUAGUCAACCGACCCAAAAUUGGCUUACAUCGGAAAUGUUAAGCCUCUUCCUCUUCCUUGAAGUCCGUCCACUUCAGCAGAGUGAAGAAUACGAAAUUAUACGCAAACUUUAUGGAGAUGUUGAUGACGAUAUGCAAAAAAUCAUUAAUCUGUCUCACAGUUUGCGCGAAUCCCAAGACGCCACACUUUCGAACCUCGCUGGUACCUUGUCGACACGUCAACUUUUGAAAAUCGCGCGACGCAUGUCCGCCUUCCCUGGCAGCAGCCAGCAAGCAGGCCCUCUAACCUCCGCCUAUGAUAUACUGCAGAAUACUUUUCUCGCCAAAUUCAUGCCCGCCUUGCCGCGCGCCGCACUUGAAGAUGCCAUAGCACGCGCAGGCAUCGAGAAGAGCAGCACACGCGCCGGUGUGCGUCGCAAAAUCAACAUUGAGAACAAUGUGUUGACCAUAGGCAACACCAGCAUGCCGCUGGUCGCCACCGAUGCCGAGUCGAAGGUGCCAAGCACACUGUUCUAUGAGAUGCCACAACAUUUGGAGCUCUUGGAGCGCUUAUUACAAGACUUCAUAAUUGGCGACCAUCUACUGCUGGUGGGCAACCAGGGUGUGGGCAAAAAUAAGCUUAUUGAUAAGCUGCUGCAGUUGAUGAAUAAGCCACGUGAGUACCUGCAACUGCAUCGCGAUACCACAGUGCAUAGCUUGACGGUGCAGUCGACACUACGCGAUGGCCAGGUCAUCUACGAGGAUAGUCCGCUUGUGAAAGCUGUCAAGAGCGGGCAUAUAUUGGUCAUCGAUGAGGCCGAUAAGGCGCCGGUGAAUGUGACAUGCAUAUUGCGCACGCUUGUUGAGAAUGGUGAAAUGUUCUUGUCGGACGGCCGUAAGAUUGUGCCAGCCGGCGAGGCGGCAGCUGCUAGAGAUGCUGGUCACACGGGGGAAGUCAUUGAAAUGCAUUCGAACUUCCGUGUCAUAGUGCUGGCCAACCGACCGGGCUUUCCCUUCCUCGGCAAUGACUUCUUCGCGUCCUUGGGUGACGUCUUCAGCUGUCACGCCAUUGAUAACCCCUCACCUGAUUCGGAAAUAUAUCUCCUGCAGAAGUAUGGCCCCUCAGUACCCAUGAAAACGCUCGCUAUGUUGGUGAAUGCCUUCGGCGAGCUGCGCACUAUGGCCGAUGAGGGUCUCUUAAACUACCCCUACUCCACCAGAGAGGUGGUAAAUAUCGUUAAGCAUUUGGAAAAAUACCCAAAUGAAUCCAUGUCCGAAUUGGUAGGCAAUGUAUUGGACUUUGACAAAUACCAACCCGAGGCACUGGAACAGGUGACCACGGUUUUGUCCAAACAUGGGCUGCCUAUCGAAGCCUAUGCUCGUAACGAGCUGUUUGCAUUGCGUCGCAAGAAGGAAAUCCAAUUGACGGUGGAGCGCAAGAGUGGUCUGGGUGUCUCCGGACCUAAAUACGGUAAAGUGGAUCCGAAAAAUGAGCCGCAUGUGGGUGGCAAUACUUGGGCCGGCGGUACUGGUGGUCGGGACACAGCUGGUCUCGGCGGCAAAGGUGGUCCGUUUCGUCUAGACGCUGGGCACAAAGUGCAUCAACUCUCCGACGAGGAAAAAGCUGAUAUACCCGAGGAAGUGAAGCGUGCAGCACGCGAAAUGAACCGUAAGGCGUUCGAGGAUAAGUUGAAGGAGAUACGCAUGUCAGCGCAUGAUCACCAAUUAUAUGCACAAUUCAGCGAACCCAACCGAAAGCAAGUACAACAGCUGAAAGCCGUUUUGGAGGCCAUGCAGACGAAGAGUAAGGAACGACAAUGGCAGAAAUACCAAACACACGGCGAACUAGACGACACCCGUUUAAUUGAGGGCAUUACGGGCGAGAAGAACAUCUACAGACGACGCGCCGAGGCCAACCCAUGGGCCGAUCAUGUGCAGGAGAAACCGAAUCGUUUGAAAUUGGUGGUCGAUGUAUCCGGUUCCAUGUAUAGAUUCAAUGGUUACGACGGUCGUUUGGAUCGUGAACUCGAAGCCGUUGUCAUGGUUAUGGAAGCGUUCGAGGGUUUCGAGAAGAAAAUCGUCUACGACAUUGUUGGUCACAGCGGCGAGGGCUGGGAAAUACCCUUCGUUUGUGCUGGCAGUCCGCCGAAAACGGAUAAGGAACGUUUCGAGACCAUACGCAUGAUGCAUGCGCAUUCGCAGUUCUGUUGGUCCGGUGAUAGCACAGUCAAGGCUAUUAAAGAAGCCGUCAACACAUUGUCGAACGAGGAGUACGACAAUUCAAUCGUGGUCGUGCUUAGCGAUGCGAAUUUGUCACGUUACGGCAUACAACCCCGCGAACUGGCAAAGGCGCUUAUGAAUGGUGAGCCCAAGGUGAAAGCUCAUAUGCUAUUCAUUGGCAGUUUGGCAGAGGAGGCCGAUGAAAUAAAUGCACAAAUGCCGGCAGGUCACAGUUAUGUCUGCAUGGACUUGACGAAGUUGCCACAAAUUCUGAAGCAAAUCUUCACAUCCUCAUUGUUGUGAUAAAUUACUAUAGAAAAUUUCUAUAAACAUGUUUCUUUAGCAAAUAUUAGUGUAAGUCGAAAGUGGUUGAAAUUUUGUAGAAUGUGAUAUUUUCUGCAGUGUGUGUAUAUAUGUUUGUAUAUACUUGUACAAGAAAAGUGUUGUUAGUUGUACACAUAUAUUUAAUACUACUAUAAUAUUUGUUGAAAAUUGUGUUUAUUUUUUUAACCAGUGAGUGCAUUUAUAAAUCAUUGUUAGUAUAUUUGUAAGUAAAAAAUAGUUGUAUUGAAAAAAAAUUUAAAGCAAGCUUUAAAAAUUGAAACUUA